CUACUCCGGGCCGUGAUUGCGGAGGAGAGUCAAGAGGGCGGGUCCUGUUUGAAAUGGAGAAGAGGGAACAAGGCGCGAAAGGCUUCAAAAAGGAGACCGUGAACAAACUGCUCCAGCUCCACUUCAAAGAUGACAAAACACGAGUCAGUGGUGAUGCUCUGUUGCUCAUGGCAGAAAUGCUCAAAGUGUUCGUGCGAGAGGCAGCCGCACGAGCCGCACGGCAGGCUCAAACAGAGGACCUGACCAGGGUGGAUGUGGAGCACGUGGAAAAAGUGCUGCCGCAGCUGGUAUGUAAUACACAGCUUGGAUUCCUGAAUUAACAGGAUAAGGAUGUGGGCAAAGGCAUCUUAAUCCCCUUCCUUUGGGGGGAUGUUUGGCUGGUUAGUAAUAUCCUCACUGGGCAACUGGAACUCAGGCAAAUCAGCCAAACAGUUUGGGGAGAACUCUUUGCUCACAGUAACUUUAAAACACUUAAUGUUUACAGCUUUUGGACUUCUAGAAACCUGAUGGGGCAAAGCCCACAUUCCUGCUAGAGGGAAGAUCGUGGCCCGACCUCUGGAGCAAAGUGGAAUACAGGCUUUGAAAUGGAAUCUGCUCGGACGAUAUUCUCAUCAGCUCUCUCCUUCCUUGCCGGCGAAGUUGCUGUUGUUUGCUAUCUCUCUUUCUGGGCACUCCAUGAUGAUCAAAGGUUGGCUGCUAAGGGCUGGAAUCUUUCCUCUCUCUCUUCCCCACCCCUCCCUCUUUGUGACGGGAUGCCUGGAGUCAGCGACGCCUCACCAUCUGAGGCUGCGUCCUAGCCUGCUGCUGUUUCCGAUUCACAGCCAGGCAGAGUCUACACUUUCUUUUCCAAUGGGAGAAGCAGGUGCCUUCCUGUAGGGGUGUGUGGAAAGAGUGAGUAUGCCUGGAAGCGUUCCCCACACCGUGGGCUCUCAUCACCUCAGCAGGCAUUUAAAGGCCAGCUCCGGGCCUGUCUGCCGUCUGAGUUCUUAAACAGGAGCCGAGCCCCAGGUCUGUGCCAGCAGCAGGUACCUGAUCUUUAUUUUAUAAAUAAACAGUGCUUGCCCCUCAAUCCUUUCCAGCAUUCCACUGGGGCCAUGACAUCAAAGAGUGCUUGGAACCUUUUAACCAUUUGAUAUUCCUCUCAGAAGCUGCUUCCCUCUGCUAUAAAUUUGUUCUCACAAAGAAACUUCAAUAAAUCAAAAAUAGCCUCCCUCCCUCGCGCGGGGCUCCUUGUUGCAAUUAAUCAUAGAGAGUCAAGUCGCUUCAAAGAGUCGUUUGGCCUCCCCACCCCCCACCCUCUUUGUAGGGCGAAAGAAAAACUUUCAAAAAGGGGCAGAAUAACAAACAGCAUGUGUGAGGAUCCCACAUCACGCACGGCCCAGCCCCUCUGUGUCAGCGGGCAGGAGUGGGGGGGGGGGGAGAAGAGAGCUGUGAAAUAGUAAACCGUAUACAUGGGGGCAGGGCAUAGGCUAAUGAAUCUUUUUUUUCUGCUGCAAAAUAAAGACUAGGCCUACUGAGGGAGAAGCAACUGCCACUUGAGGAACUGACAGGAUGCAACCCUAUACCCACAAAUCUGGGCCUACACCCCCAUUGAACUCAAUGGGGUUACUUCCGAAUGGUUAUAGAGAGGAGUGCGCCAAGAGGCAGAACAAGACCAAGGCAGCAAUGAUACUGUCAGCUAGUGGUUAGCAGCCAUGCUGCCUGAUAGAAAAGUCAUGCACAAGCUAUACCUAAGGUGCCAGUUGCUACGUAUUGGUAAUGACAGGGACGAAGGGAUGCUGGCUUUGAAUGCUGGCUCUGAAAUACCCAGUAAUGUUUAUGCUGAAAAACACAGGAUGAGGGUUAGGUGGAAUGCUGCCGUUUCCCAGAACGGACAUGAUGCUGUCUUCCUACAAACCAUGGCCUAUAAAUUAGGAACCAGCAUUACAAAAGCAACUUCUCUUUCUCCUGUUCUGCCUUUGUCAUCCUCAACCAUGGUUUAGCACAGGGGUGAGUAAGCUGUUGCUGGUCUACAACUCCCACGAUCCCUUACCACUCGUGGCAAUUCUGGCAGGAGCUGAUAGGAAUCCAGCAAUUUCUAGGAGUGCUACAUGUUACCCUGCUUUAGCAUUAUAUUCUAGCCUUUUAACCAUGGUUUAGUGUUUCCAGUAUUCUCAUCUUCACCAGAUUUUAAAAGCAGAAGUGGAUUUAUCAGUGCAUAUUAAUGCUAAACCCUAGGAAGCUCCUUGUAUCAGGUCAAAGUAUUUGUCCAUGUAGAGUCUACUCUAGCUGGGAGUUGUUCUCUUAGGCAUUAUUCUUUCCUACCUGGUUGCUUGAACCAGAAAUUGAAUUCGUAGCUCUUUGCUAUAUCUACGUUAGACAAAUAUGUUAGUGCAAUGUUUAUGUCAUAGCUAUUUUGCUCAAUUGUGACAAAGCAUGAAAACAAUCUUACGCUCUGUUGCAUCAUAAAAAAGUAUGCUACAUACUGCACUCCUUUGUGCUCAUUUAUUGGGAAUCUAAGGUUAGUGGGACUUUAUUUCAGAGGCCGUGGGCUUAAGAGCAGUGCUAAAGACAGUAUUUAGUUUUGUGUGUGUGUCCCAAGAACUAAUGUGCAUAGUUCUCCAUUUGUAUCCUCACCACAACCCUGUAAAGUAGGAUAGGCUGAGAGAUAGCGACUGGCCCAAGGUCACCCAGUGAGCUUCCUGGUUGAAUGCAGAUUUGAACCAGUGUAUUCUCAGACCCACACUAGUCUAACCAGUGUACUACACUGGCUCUUGACAUGUAAAUUAAGGAUACUUGUAGGGCUUAGGCUAGAAGUUAAAUGUAUCUGAUCAAUCAGAAUUUUAACAGCCAUCUGUUAAGCAAAGUGUCUUAAAGUACCAGCCUAAAACCUUGCUUUUAGUCUACUCAGAAGCAAGUCUCACUGAGCUCAAAAUGAUCUGGUCAAAAGUGUUAACAGUUUUAAAGGCUUUUUCUGUAAUUUGCAAGUAUCUUCUCCAUUUCCAUUUGUUUUAAUCUAAGCCUUGGACCAGCAAAUGACCCAGGCAGCUGCUUCAUAUAUAGCUCUGAGUUGUAUAAAACAGGCUGAUCACCAGAGCUGAGCAGCUUUGACUACACACAAAGCUUAAUCCCCCAUUAAGCAAGGGGUGUGAAUGUACUACAGAACAUUAAAUAUGGGUUUAAACACACAUGUACCCACAGCAAAGCUAAACUAAAACACAUGUAGGUCUCUGUUCUGCAUACACUUGCACACUGACUUAACAGGAUGUCUCUGUUUAAAUUUCUAAAGGGAAAAUCAAAAGUAUGGCCCAAACCUGGUGCUAAAAAUUGGGAGGAGGGGUUAUGGUAAUAUGCUAUCCUUCCCCACCACCCACUAUGAAUGGGACAGAGGGAACUGGCUCUCUUUUUCACCUGAUUUAUGCUACAAUCCUGUGUACACACUUACUUGGGUGUUAAGUCCCAUUGAACUCUUUGGGAUAGAGAUGUACUAUUAAAAGUCUUGGUCUUAAACAGGGCACAUUUGAGUUUGCGUACACAGUACCAAACAAAUUUAUUUGGAAUAAAGAGGCUGGCAGCAGAGAGAGGUGAUUCAACCAUACAAUGUAGCUGGAAGUGCUAGUCAGGCUGCAUCUUCAUUUCAACAUGAGACUAGAGAUUAUCUGGUGGGUCCUUUUUAUUGCUGCUGCAGUUGAAUCUAUUCAUAGCCCUACCCUGGUUGCAAUUCAGCCUUUGAACACGGACCCUGAGCCAUAGUCCCUAUGCAUCAGUCUACCUAAUGCACACUUGACUGAUCAUUGCUCCUAGAAGAAACACCCCACACCAGGCAUCCCCAAAUUGCGGCCCUCCAGAUAUUUUGUCUUACAACUCCCAUGAUCCCUACAUGAUCCCUAGCUAACAGGACCAGUGGUCGGGGAAGAUGGGAAUUGUAGUCCAAAACAUCUGGAGGGCCGAAGUUUGGGGAUGCCUGCUCUACACUUUACAAUUGCAUAUGUAUCAGUGUUAAAGUAUCUAUUGCCCGGGAGAAAGGAAGGCAGAAGAAAAUUGAUACUACUACUUACAAUCAGGGUGUUUUUUUUUAAAGUGACAGUGUAGGUAGGAAUCAAACCAGCGCUCUUACCUGCUCAGUUGUUUUAGGAUAGGCAAGUGAGUCAGCAACCAGUGCAGAUCUUGCAUCUGACACAGGGCAGGAUGUGUGCAAGUACAGCAAAGAACCUGCCACUCUCCCUAUGUUGUUGGACUAUAAGUCCAAUCUUCCCUGACCAUUGGCCAUGCUGGCUGAAGGCCACAGGUCCCCCAUCUCUGCUUUGAAGGAAGACAAGAGCAAAAGCAAGAACUGAAUGACCACCCAAAAUUAGGGAUUAUGAGGUACGUGUGUCUAACAGCAAGCAUUACUGCAGUAUAGAAACUAGCAGCAUCAACUCAUUGUUUUACAUUUUUCAAGGAACAGCUUCCAAUGAAAAUGUGAGUGAAAAAAACAACAACCCUCAACCUUUGAAAUGUAAGUAACUUUAUGGUCAGAACUUAGAAACAAGACAGCUUGGCAUUUUCAGCCUGGGGCUUCAAUCCGCAGGGCGUCAUUCGUUCCCUGUUUCCCUCCAUGGCUUGUAAUAAAAAUAUAGCAAUAAAACAAAAUUCUGUUUUUCAAGAACACACAUACACCUUUCAGCCAGAGACCCAUAUGCUAAUGCGUAUGAUCUGUCCUAACAGCAGUGUGUGUGUUCUGUUUGAACAACAUUUCAGUGCAGAAUUGCUGGCUGCUUGAUUAUGUGACUGAUCUUACAGUAUAAAGAUACAAAGGGCAGAUCACAGGGAAAACCAGAAAGCAGCUUGGGUGUCAACACUAACCGGCCCAAAGGAAACAAUUAGAAACCUCCAACGUAGAGUGCAGAAAGAUGAGACCUGCCAAGCUCCUAGCACAGAGAGAUGGACUUACUGAAGAACCACACAGACCACAUUCUUCCAGGUAAGGGUAAUAAGGCUAGAAUUGGCACUGUCCUAACCUUGCCUGGAUUUAGUUUUCACUUUGUCUUUUGUAGCAGCCACCCUCCCAGCACCACAGAUGGCAGCAGUGUGUGUGGAACAGUACAGCUACAAGCAGGAUUCAGUUUUCAUCAGCUGUUGUCUUAUACACUCAUCUUCUUUGGUGGCUGUUUUUGGGUGACAUUAAAGAUCUGUUCCUUUGCUAUUUUAACUGCUCCCUGCUCCCUGUGUGCUCUGAAGCUUUUCUCCCUACCUUUUUCCCUCCCCCCUCCCCCCCCCUCCUGGUUUUCUUCAAAGCGCCUGGAAGCAUUUGGAAGUAAUUAGACCUGAAGGGAAAUGUUGGUCAGUCUGGGAGACAAUGACAAGUGCCAGGAACCCUUGGUGCCCCUUCCAGCCACUUUGAAGUUCAUUCAGAUGGUACAAUGCUCUUGUUUUCUUUGUUGGAAAAGCAGGGGCAGGAGGGAAAUGGGCCAUGUCAGGCCCACUGAACAGGAAGCAGGUUACUCUGAACUGAUAGAGAACCCAAACAAGUAGGUGGAGAGGAUGUGCAAUUCAAAAAGAGACUAAUUGAAAGGCCUCUUAUGGUCACCCUGCUUCCAUACACCUACAAAUUAUGCACUCUCACAGAAAAAGUGUAACUCUUAGCACCCAUCUAGUAUCAAACUAGCCUGAUCUGUUAGCCUGCAGCAGAGAUAUUUCUCCUCACUUAUUCAUCAACUAUUUUAUGUAAAAGAGUCAGGGUCUUUGAAUAGCAUAGCACAGGGUUAAAGAAAUUAGCUUAACUUCACAACUGUUUACAGAGGGGCAAUUGCAUCACACUUGGAUCCAGAAGCCUUUGAAGUUGCGCAAGUGUUUAGGGAGCACCAUAAGAGAUGGGUGCAGAUGUUAUUUAAGGACCUAUAGCCCUUUACAGCCUUCCUCAGCAACUGAUUAUUUAACAGGGGUUACGGUCUGAAUUCAAUAAGGGCUGGAGGAAUAGUGCACCAGUUGGCUCAGUGCUGUCCUGUAUACGGCUGAGCUACCUUGCAUGUCUCAGCUUAGAGCAAUAUGCAUGUAUCCACAGCAAUACAUAAUUUGCCAGCCCCGCUAGCAGGUAUCCCUUGCUUAUAAUGUGAUGUAAGCAGCAGCCCCCUGGGCCCAGAGAAACUUUCAUAUUUUUGAAUAUGACCGGGGAGGAGGGAGAAGUGAGUGACAAGACUAAAUGAUUCAAUGAGUCAACAUAUAUGGGUGGAAGUUAUACAUAUGUGAUGAGAAUACCUUCUGGUUAGUGAAUUUUAUGGGGAAAAUAUCCAUUUGAUAAGAAUCUGGAACAAUCUGCAACCUGUUCCUUUUUAUGAUAUUGUUGGGGAGAAAUGCUAAUGGACCACAAAGCUCUAAUUGAAAAUGCUAGUUACUGCAUUUGUAAUUACAACACACUAGAAACCAACAGACCAUGGCAUAUUGUGGAGGAGCUGGGAAAGCACUCUUUUGUAGCUGAAAUAGACGUGCCAACUAUAUAUUGAUAUGACUCCAACUGGAAACAAAUUGUGAUUAACCGCUGCACAGAUGGGUUCCUUUUGCUGCAUAUUGGAAUAAUCAUUGUAAAAGUCCUCAGCUAGAAUAACAUAUUUUUUCCUGUUUUGCAAUGUAUUUUUAUAUAAUAACAGUGUUUUCAUUGAGAACAAACGUCAAACGUUCUGAAAACUAUGAGAUAUUAUCUCAGUUCAGACCAAAAUGAUGCCAACUAGCAAUCCAGAGGUGUUUUUCUCCCCCAGAGUAAAUAUUUUCCACCUUGCUACUAUUUUGGCAGCCUUCUGGCAAGCCUGGUAUCAGAAGCUGGCAUGGUUAGGAAGUUCCCAGGACACAGAAACUUGAGCCCUUGAAACUGCUGAUGGGCAGGGGUCAGAAACUGCUGCCACUCUGAUCUUUCUGGGCCUAAUCUGAACUUUGGGUUGACAGGAAGCAGUUGCUGGUGCUGCCAGGGACUGGAAAUGGAAGGAGCACAAUAUUAGCAGUUGGUAUAGAAAAAGCAACCAAGGAAACAGAAAUGAGGACAGCUUAAAGUGGAGAAAAGGCAGCUCUGGAAAAAAGAUACAGGUGGAAUACAGAAUGAUACUUCAAAAAAGAUAUGAACUAGUUGAACAUCUGAAGGCUCUGAGGGUAGCAAAGGAGAAAACCAGUAUUUGGCUGUUUCUCAAAUGCUCCCAGUAACUGAUGGAAGCC